CAGUACACUGACUCUCGAGGAAGUGCUCAAUAAUCCUUCAUGUCAGUCUCUCGCGAAGUUUCAUCGUUCAUGGGCGCUUUUGUGUGAACAAUUGUUUCGUGUUUGACGACAAAUGUGGAGACACAUUGGAAUAAUUCCCUGGUGAAGAAUUUUUGGUGAAUUCUAGAAUAAUUAUGUGAAAUAGCAAGGAAUGGUGUUUAAUUCUCCAACUAUUCCCCCUCUCGGUUAUUUUUCGUCUGUGAACAGUUUUCUGAACCAGUGAAAAGUCAUCUGUACCGACAAAAACAAAUUCGUGGGUGCUUUUGAGUUUAGCUUUUCUUUUCUCACAGUGUUAUGUAGAAAAUUCCUCUAUCAUUUGCCAAAGCAUCUCCAGGCAACUUCCACCCGGAUGGUGAUGGUGUUCCAAUUCAGUGUCUCGAUAGUGAAAGUGGUGGAUGAUGGGAGGAGUGGUACGAAUGAGAAAGUGUUGUGAUGUUUUAAGAAAUUAAUGCAGCAAUAAUAGAAAAAAAAACAUCGUUAUUUCUCAUGAAAUUCAAAAAAAGAGAAGGGGAAUCACGAGUAUUUCAAAUAAUCCUUCAGCAGUGUUACAGCACGUCUUAAAGACGUGAUUAAUAUUAAAAGAAGGAGUCAUGUGCUUCAUCUCGAGCUUAUCACAGUUUUUCAUGAUAAGACGCAUGUUGUAGGAAAAUGUGCUUAUGGAGGAAAAUGUGAAAAGUACAUAACGCUGGAUUAUUAAUUAAAAUUAAGAAAUUAAAUUAGGGGACAUUCCUUAAAGACAUCUUGCUACUUUUUAGCCUCACUCUAAAGCGUGGGGUGUGCUUGAGAUAAAUUUUCCAGUGUAUAACAGACACACAAAGCAACAACAAAAAAAAUUUAGCAUCAUUGCUCCAGCAACUUCAUCUGGUUGGUGGAUACCGUGAGAAAAUGGAAAACUCCAAAAUGGCCCUCCAAAGGACACUUACAGCCACCUUCAGUAUUACCUCAAUUAUAUGGAUAUGGCUUCUCAUCGCAGCGAGAGUACCAACAGCACGAGCUAAAAUUGGUUAUUUUUGGCACAUAACCGAUCUGCACUUCGAUCCAGCAUACUCGACAAAGGGCGACGUCCUGAGAAGUUGCUGGUACAGUGAGCACCAUCAGGGAUCGUCGAGGAGUGUGCCGGGUCGCUUCGGUGAUUACAACUGUGAUAGUCCAUGGAGUCUCCUGGAAUCGGCUACGCAAGCGAUGCGCUCCCGCCAGGGCGACAAUGUGGAAUUUGUUCUAUGGACAGGUGAUGGUUUGUCGCACUCGACGAGACGUUCCCUGGAAUCACAUCGUUUGGAUCUCUUGCGCAACAUUACAGAACUUCUAGGGCGUACAUUUCCGUCUCAAUUCGUGUUUCCGGUGCUUGGUCAUGAGGACGGUCAAAGCGGAAAUUUCCGUCGUCUUGGCGAGCUCUGGAGACAUUGGUUACCACUGGAAGCACUCCAGACUUUUGAAAAAGGCGGAUACUACACCAUUGAGCAAACGAAAAGUCGUCUCAGGAUAAUAGUGCUCAAUACUAAUUUCAUGCGACAAGAACACACAAAGCUAACACCGAGCCAUUCAGCGGCCAUCAGGCAGAGACCGAGCAACCCAACGGAUUCAUCUGAACACACCAAUUACUACUAUCACCACAGAAAUUACUACCAUGGCUCCAACAAUGGAUACUACUCUGCUGUACCAGCCAUGGACACCGGUGGUCAGACAAGAGCACUCUCAGCUGCAGAGAGUCAUGAAUCACAGAGACAAUGGGAAUGGCUGGAAGCGGUGCUGGCCAAAUCCCAAGCUAACAAAGAAACCGUCUACAUUGUAGGUCAUAUGCCACCAGGGUUGGAUGAGCGACAAGUGGGCAAUGCUCGAAAUGGUCAUUCGACAUUUUCUGAGAAUAACAACUCCAGGUACAUUAAAUUAGUGAGAGCCUAUUCUUCGAUAAUUCAGGGACAAUUCUUCGGACACCUUCAUUCGGACUCCUUCCGGAUCGUCUACAAUCUUAAUGGAGAUCCCGUUUCAUGGAUAAUGAUUGCGCCAUCUGUUACACCGAGGAAAAUGAAUGUUGGUGCCAAUAAUCCGGGAAUGAGACUCUACAAAUUCGAAACUGAUACAGGGCAGGUACUGGACUACACGCAGUACUAUCUUGAUUUGGAUCAGGCCAAUUCAGUUUCAGAACCUGUCUGGCAAGCUGAGUACAAUUUAACAACGCAAUACUAUGGCUUGGCCGAAGUUACUGCUGUUGCUCUACAUAAUUUGGCAGAGCGCUUCUCAAAUGCCGAUGAUCCCCUUCUUGCCAAAUACUACCGUGCAAAUUCCGUGCGCUACGUGUCGAAUCACUGCGACGGACUCUGUGCACUGACUCACUACUGUGCCAUAACGCGUCUGGGUUAUUCGCAUUUUCGUGAGUGCAUGGAUAUUGGAACCAGUAGUGCUUCGGCCAGUAGAGCACAGAUCCCUCAUCGACCACUUCUGGUGCUCCUGCUGCCCCUGCUGCUGGUAUUCCAGCAGCCCUGUCUGCAAGGCCUUCUCGGUGCCCUGCAGCAUCCCAGUGCCACCCACCGCGGCCGACCGACCCAUACGUGGUCGGGGGCGCCCAUCAAGUGCUUAGGGGUAGUUUUGUACAUACUUUCACGAGUGGUGGGCAGGUUGUGGCCGAAGAGGCCACCCACCGGAUGCCAACGAGACAACGUCUCCAGCGUAGUUAGUAUAUGUGAGGAAAUCUCCCGUAUUUGUGAUAAUUCCUCGACUGUGGCCUCGCCAUUGUCCAACUCUAUGCCCCCAACUAACUUCCCUCCACUGUCCACGUGUACCAACUGCACUUAGGUAAGUUCCAUAAAUAGUAAAGUAUACUCUGAAGGAUCCAGUGGAGUGUAGCUUUCAAAGUGCAACCACAAACUAAACAUGGGGUCAUUAUUUGUCCUGUUAAUUUUACAAAGGAAAUAUCCAAGGGGUUUGUAACUUUUGUGGUCGAGUGUUAAAGUGCAGUGUACGAUGGUUUCAAGUAAGACAACUUUUUUUUAUUUAUUGUUGUUUCUUUGUUUUUGCAAAACUUCAAUUCAAUGAAUUCUAAGUGCAAAAAAUACAAAAAAAAUGUCUAUGAGAAAAAAAAUCCUUGAGACUAGAUUCUUGUUCCUUGACAACUACUCCAAAAAAAAAAAAGAAAAAUUGCAAAUCCCUUGGGUGUUCCAUCAAGAAUUAAACCAAAGAUCCUCGAAUCUGAACAAAAGAAAAACACCUCUACAAGAAAUAUUCUUCUGUGUGUCAUUUGAAGGAAUGCUUCUUUCGUAAAAUUGUAUUAUUAUAUAAAUGUCUAAGAAAAGAGAAAAAAAUUAUGUGCUGUGCUACUUAAAGAAAGAAAAACAAAAUAUAAACUGAGCAUUGUAUGACGCAUUUUGAUAAA